AUGCGACACCGCCGCACCCCAACCUACGCCUUCCUCGCCCUCUCCCGCCAACAGCACCGCGCCGAAGUCGAACGCAUCUCCCUCGCCGUCCGCAACUUCCACAAAACCCAGCAGCGCUUCCGCAUCUACCAUGGCUCCACAUCCUCCACCAGACGUCCAGUCGACGGUACUUCAACCAAUACGAUCGAUACCAGCGCCUUGAACAAUAUCCUCGAGAUCGACGGCGUGAACAAAGUCGCUGUUGUGGAGGCCAAUGCACCUAUGGACGCUCUGCUGGAAGCGACAUUGGACUUGAAUCUGAUGCCGUUGGUGGUGACGGAGUUCCCAGGUAUUACUGUCGGAGGCGCGUUUUCGGGAACGGCGGGGGAGAGUAGUUCGUUCAAGCAUUCGUUCUUUGACCAGACGGUUAGUAAGAUCGAGAUGGUGAUGGCGGAUGGCGAGGUUGUGAAUUGUUCGGAGGCUAAGAAUAAGGAGGUGUUUCGAGGCGCGCCGGGGGCUUUGGGGACGUUGGGAGUGGUGACGCUGUUGUAUGUGAGACUGCAGCCGGCGGCGAAGUGGGUGGAGGUAACUUAUCAUCCGUUUGAAAGUGUGGAGGGAGCGCUUAGGAUGUUCAGGCGCUUUUGGAAGGAUGAGGGCGUCGAUUAUCUGGAUGGUGUGAUGUUCUCGCCGACCAAGGGUGCGGUGGUGACGGGUCAGCUUUGCGAUGUCAAACCCGAGGGCUUGCCAGUCCAAAGAUUCAGCCGUGCGAAAGACCCAUGGUACUACAUGCACGUCGAGGAGUGCAUCUCGUCCGGUGGCUCAGAGCCACACAGAGAGCUGGUCCCGCUGCCCGACUACCUCUUCCGGUACAACCGCGGCUGCUUCUGGUGCGGCAAAAGCAUGUUCGAUCUGACCGGCCUGCCUUUCACCAAAGGAACCCCACAAUGGUUGGAAUUCAUGCUGCGGACGCGGAUGCUGUACAAGGCGCUCCAUGCACAGGAUCCGAACACUCUGAUGGUGAUUCUGGAUCUUGCUUUGCCCUUCUCGGCGGCGGAGGAGUUCGUCAACUGGCAGGCAGAGCGAUUAGACAUCUGGCCACUUUGGCUGUGUCCGCUGCGUAUUGGUGCUAUGUCGACGCUGCAUCCGCAUCCGCUCAGGACUGAAGAUAAAGAAGAUGAGAUGAUGCUGAACGUUGGCCUGUACGGUGUCUCGCCAAGGGACUACGAGGAGUGGGUCUCCGCCAAUCUCGACCUCGAAAGCAAAGUGACGGAGCUUGGAGGAAUGAAAUGGGCUUACGCCGCGCAGCUGUACUCGAGAGACAUGUUCUGGCAGCAGUACGAUAAGAAGUGGUACGACAACUCACGCGAGAAAUGCCAUGCCACUUCUUUGCCUGAUGUAUACGAGAAGACGAGUGUAGAUUAUGAGGCAGGAAGGAAGAUGACAAAGGAGAGUAAGGAGUAUUGGGAUGGGACCAUGUUUCCUGCCAUUGCGCAGUUGAGGCAGAGUCUGUGGUUGGUACGGGAGGCGCUUAAGAGUAAGGCGUGGAGACUGGAGAGGCGUGAUGUAUGGAAGGACUGGCCUGAGAAGCGAUAG